CUCUCAGCCCGAGACUACACAGACGGCGCCUUACUCCCAAGCACACCUCAGAGCAGCGCUGCACCUCUCCCAGCUGGCGCCCGCUGCGCAGCUCCAGCAUGACCGCCACGACCGACGAGGCUUUGGCGCUCUCGGCGAUCCAGGUGCAGGUGCACCCGCUCGUGCUCCUCUCCGUCACCGACCAUGCCUCGCGCUCGGCCACGGGCGCACGCAAGCGCGUGCUGGGCGUGCUGCUGGGGCAGGACAACGGCGCCAGCAUCAACGUCGCCAACAGCUUUGCCGUGCCGUUCGAGGAGGACGAGGGAGGCGCAGACGGCGCAAAGAGCACGUGGUUCCUGGACCACGACUACAUUGAGAGCAUGAUGGAGAUGAGCAAGAAGGUCACGGCACGCGAGAAGAUGGUCGGCUGGUACCACACGGGCCCGCGCCUGCGUGCCUCGGAUCUGGAGAUCAACGACCUCAUGAAGCGCUUCAUUCCAAGGCCCGUCAUGGUCAUUGUCGACCCGCGCUCGCGCGACACGGGCAUACCCACCGACGCCUACUUUGCAGUGGAGGAGAUCAAGGAGGACGGCACAGCGACGCAGAAGACCUUUACGCACGUGCCAUCCUCCAUUGUUGCAGAGGAGUCCGAGGAGAUCGGCGUCGAGCACCUGUUGCGCGACAUUCGCGACACGACGACGGUCGGCACGCUCUCGACGCGCGUCUCGGCGCAGCUCUCGUCGCUGCGCGGCCUGCAGUCUCGGCUCGUCGAGAUCCGGGAAUACCUCGAGCUUGUGGUCGCGGGCAAGCUCGUCGUGAAUCAUCAGAUCAUCUACAACCUGCAGGACAUCUUCAAUCUGCUGCCCGACAUCGACAAUGCCAACUCCGACGCCGCCAUCAAGCAGAGCUUCAGCGUGGCGAACAACGACCAGAUGCUCGUCGUGUACCUCUCGUCGCUGAUCCGCGCCGUCAUUGCGCUGCAUGCGCUGGUGGACAAUCGGGCAGAGAAUGCGCGCGGCGAGGAGGAGGGCGAAGGCGCGGGAGGCGACAAGGAGAAGGAGGAGAAGGAGAAGGACAAGGGCGAGGCGGCUGCGGGCAAGGAGAAGAAGGAGGAGAAGAAGGAGAAGAAGUGAGG